AUGGCAUCCAAGCGAAAAGUGGCAGCGAUGGCUGCCACGCUGGAGGAGCCUGUCGAUCCCUCUGACGAACUCAUGUUCCUGUGUCUAGGUGGCGGAAACGAGGUUGGCCGGUCCUGUCAUAUCAUACAGUACAAGGGGAAAACGGUCAUGCUCGAUGCCGGCCAGCACCCAGCCUAUGACGGGCUUGCCUCCCUUCCAUUUUUUGAUGAUUUCGAUCUGAGUACCGUCGAUGUCCUUCUCAUUAGCCAUUUCCACGUCGACCACGCUGCCUCCUUGCCCUACGUCCUGGCCAAGACAAACUUCCGGGGACGUGUUUUUAUGACACACCCGACCAAAGCUAUCUACAAGUGGCUCAUUCAGGACAGCGUUCGUGUCGGCAACACAUCCUCAAAUCCGACGUCACAACCGGUCUAUACGGAGCAAGACCAUCUGAGCACAUUCCGCCAGAUCGAAGCCAUUGAUUACCACACAACCCACACUGUCUCGUCUAUCCGCAUUACACCAUACCCGGCCGGCCAUGUGCUUGGGGCUGCAAUGUUUCUCAUCGAGAUUGCCGGCCUCAAAAUCAUGUUCACGGGCGACUACUCCCGCGAGCUGGAUCGGCAUCUGGUGUCGGCUACGGUGCCCAAGGGUGUCAAGGUCGAUGUUCUCAUUACCGAGUCUACCUACGGAAUUGCUUCUCAUGUCCCCCGCCUAGAGCGCGAACAGGCGCUCAUGAAGUCCAUUACCGGAAUCUUGAACCGAGGUGGCCGUGUAUUGAUGCCGGUGUUCGCUCUUGGGCGUGCACAGGAAUUGCUGUUGAUCUUGGAUGAGUAUUGGAGCAAGCAUUCUGACUUCCAGAACUAUCCCAUCUACUAUGCCAGCAAUCUGGCCAAGAAAUGUAUGGUUGUAUAUCAAACAUACACGGGCGCAAUGAACGACAACAUCAAGAGGCUCUACGCAGAGCGUGCCAAAGAGGCCGAGGCGACCGGCAACAGCGCUGGCGGUGGCGGUCCCUGGGACUUCCGCUUUAUUCGGUCGCUCAAGAACUUGGACCGCUUCGAGGAUAUUGGCGGCUGUGUCAUGCUGGCAAGUCCAGGUAUGCUGCAGAACGGCGUCAGUCGCGAGCUUUUGGAACGGUGGGCUCCCAGCGACAAAAAUGGCGUCAUCAUCACCGGUUACAGUGUUGAGGGCACCAUGGCAAAGCAGAUCAUGCAGGAACCAGACCACAUUCAGGCGGUCAUGUCCCGGAGCUUAGCUGGUGGCGGCCGACGGGCACCGGGAGCGGACUCGGAAAAGGUCAUGAUUCCUCGCCGGUGUAGCGUGCAAGAGUUCUCUUUUGCCGCCCACGUGGACGGGACGGAGAACCGAGAGUUCAUCGAGGAGGUCAAUGCUCCGGCAGUGAUUCUGGUUCAUGGAGAGCAGCACAAUAUGAUGCGUCUCAAGUCUAAGCUUCUGUCCUUGAAUGCCGGCAAGGUGGACAAGGACAAGAUGAAAGUCUACAGCCCGAGGAAUUGCGAAGAGCUUCGUAUACCCUUCAAGACCGAUAAGAUUGCCAAGGUCGUGGGAAAGCUGGCUUCAGUGACGCUCCCGACACAACUUCUCCAAGAUCAGCAAGAGCACCAAACGGCUGGGCCGAUAUUAACAGGAGUAUUGGUGCAGAAUGACUUUAAGCUGUCGCUCAUGGCGCCUGAGGACCUACACGAAUAUGCUGGUCUGACGACUACGACAAUCAUCUGCCGGCAGAGGCUGACUCUCAGCGCAGCUGGCAUUGACCUGAUCCGAUGGGCACUCGAGGGCACAUUCGGCACCAUCGAAGAGCUGCCAGAGAUGCGCCGAAAGCGGCCCUCCAACGGAAAGAGCAAGAAGAACGAUGCUGCCAAUGGCACAAGCAACGGCGAUGUGCUAACUAAAGAGACACACGGCAACGGGGAGGUCGAGGCGAAGGACGAAGAAAUGUACGAUGAGGAUGAGGAAGAAGAAGAAGAAGAGGCUGACGAGGAAAUCAAUAAUUUGGUGGCUGCCUACUUGGUCAUGGGCUGCGUCUCGGUGCGGUACUACACCAACGGCGAGAUUGAGUUGGAAUGGGAAGGCAAUCUGCUGAACGAUGGCAUUGCCGAUGCCGUGAUGGCUGUUUUGUUCUCUGUUGAGAGCAGUCCCGCUGCUGUCAAACAAUCUGGCAAAAACGGCCAUUCCCAUCACCAUCACGAACUACCUCUGCGCAAUCUGCACGCAAACAUCACCGCAGAGGAGCAGUUUAGCCGUCUGUGCAUGUUUCUAGAAGCCCAGUUCGGUGCCGACAAUGUGGCGCCGAUUGCCGAGCCCCGACUGCCUGUAGCCAAGGAGGUUGACGACAAGGAGAUGGUGGACGAAGAGGAAGAAGCACGCAAAAGGCAAGAACAAGUCAGCCGUGAGCUGGAUCGCCUACACAAGUCUGGGAUUCCUGUGCCGGGCAUUUUGGUCAAAGUGGACAAGAUGGAUGCCAAGGUCUGGUUAGACGACUUGGAGAUUGAGUGCACCCAUCGGGUGUUUGCCGAUCGCGUGAGGGCGGUCGUAGAACGGGCAGUAGAAGUGACAGCUCCUCUUUGGCGAUGA